GCGGGGUAAACUCUCGGUCAACUGCAAUCAAUGGCUAGGACAAAGCAGGCUACCGUUAAGUUUCAACUGCAUGCGCAUAUCAUCAUUUAUGAGGAAGGACCCUCGGACCUGCGUUCAUACCUUCGUUCCUCCCCGCGGUUUCAGAGUUGGUCCGAUUUGAAUAUUGGCUCUUACUUGCUUACCGGGUUUUGAGGGUCUGCCGGGAUACAACGAAUGAAGUGUUCUAGAUUAUAUGGCGAUAAUAACAAAGAUGGGGUGUUCUUAAGGGACGCCUAACCUAUUAACUCGGAGAUCAAGUCGACGUUAAGAAGCCAGCCUCGCCGUCUCCGAAAGAUAUCUCGAGUCAACCUGUCCAGCUUCCAGAUUAAGUCUGUUUGGUUUCACUCUGGCGAAUUGAGGGCCCCGGAAAGGCAUUUGUUUUGUCUUCAAACCUUGGUAGCAUUGUACAUACUACUUAUGCUACUCAUAAUGCUACGCAAGGGCCGCGGGGCUUGGACUAUACUUCGGGCAUCGAUCACCCGACGCUUACGGCUCAAGGACAACACCCGCCCUGUGGAUCAAUUCGAGAGAAAUGCACAAGCAACAGCCCAUCACGACGCCCACGACACACCGACAACAAUAUCUCCCGAUAUUCACGUCACACCACCCGCUAGAAGGGAUACACGAUGCAGUGACACGAACGGGAUUGUCAAUCAGCUGGCACUCCUACCAGCCAGCGUUACACGAUCAUCCCCGCGCGCUACCAUCUGCUCCAAAAGAUCAUCCUCUCCAUUGUCCACAAAUGCACAGAGCACAAGACCAGAUGGUGGCAACAGCCAGGAAUGUCUAGUCGAAGACGUGAAAUCCUUCCAUUACCUGCACAGUCUGAUCACCAUCUCGUGUUUACCGCAACAAUCCUCGUCCGGACAGACUCCAAUCAGAACAACUAUUGACAGAGCCGAAGAGCAGUCACCUGGUCGAAGAAGAGCAUCAUCGAGGCUCAGUUUGCGCCUGGGCGAUCUCCCCAGUCUCUCCUUUCCCAAGGUGCCCAGGAAGCCCCGUCCUCGUUAUACCCCUCUGCCGCCGGUAUACACCCCCAAGCCAAUCGCAAUGCGCCCCGAGGUUCGGUUCUGAGAAAGGCUUCGUGUAUCCUUUAGUUGUUUCCCCCUUGUCACGGCAAUAUUGUAUAUACAGUUCCCAAUAACACAACACGCCUUUUUUCUUUUCUUAAAGCCGAACUUAUGUCGUCCCACCUACCCAUACAUGAUGCCUUUUCUCCCCCUUGUCUUUCGCAUAUAUGCACAGCCAGACCGCCAAACCAACAGAUACUAUUCGCACAAGUUAUCUGGGAGAACCAUGCAUGAACCAUCCCCCACCAUCCGGAGGGGAAACGCCAAACGGAAAGAGAUCGCCGGGUGCGUCUAGGGCGGGAUCGAGUCCCUGUAAGGCAUGACGUGGAUGCGCUUCCAAGACAAGUCACCUACUUGAAAUGAUCCUCAAAGGCUUUUCUCUUUGCCGAAUAGGAUCGUUUCCAGAGCUGAAGCUGGAAUUGUCGGUAGACUUAUGGUCACUGCAUUAGGGUAAGCGUGCUCUUGUGAUCUGAUUAUACUCUACAAGGUAGUCACGGACAAUACUCGAGCUACCCAAGGUCAGAUUGUGGGAGAAAGGCAC